AUGCAGUUUUGCCGUUGUGGUAUCCAUGGAUUCCACGAGGUCCUUGGUAUUGAUACCGAUGAGAUACGCUUUUACUGGACUCUCGAGAGCCAUGAAAAAGACGCCGUCCAGGUUGCCUACCGUGUCGUGUUGGCUACGGAUCCCAACGCCCUGGGGUCAGCAGUUCUGCCGACCGCCAGGCUUGCCUGGGACUCGGGACGUGUUGAAAGUAGUGAACAGAGGAACAUUGUGUGCAAGCCGGCAAAUGGCUUCCAAUCAACCUGCUGUUACUUCUGGCAGGUGAGGGUAUGGGACAUUCACAGCAAUGAGCAUCGCAGCCCGACUCAAAAUUUCUUCACUACCUAUCCUCGAUCUCGACUAUUACCUCCCUACAGCAUGAAUCAAACCUACAUGCCGCAUACCAGUCUCAUAUUUCGCACCUGGUUUGAAGAUGAGGCGAAUCGGUGGAAGGCUGUCUGGAUUGGCGACGGGGGCGACAAACCAAUCUAUCUCAGGAAAAACUUCCAAAUUCCACAGCGACCGUCCCGUGCGAUCUUGUUGGCUUCAGGCCUGGGUCAUUUCAACAUGAGCGUCAACGGCCGACCUACAUCCGAACAUCGCCUUGAUCCUGGAUGGACCAACUACCACCGACGGGUUCAGUUUACAUCGUACGACGUCACGGCUCACCUAAGAGCGGGAGAUAACGCUCUGGGAGCCCAUGUGGGAAAUGGAUUCUAUGCAGGCGACAAGGGUGACGAUCGCUUUUUCUGGCCAAUGUACGAGGACAACACCUACGUCAGAUACGGCAAUGAGCUAUGCUUCUUUUGUGAGCUGCAUCUCUUCUAUGACGAUGGCAAACACGAAACCCUCAUCUCCGACCCAACAUGGCGCGUGCGGAAAAGCGCCACAACGCUCGCCAACAUCUAUGCUUCGGAGACGCACGAUCGACGACUUUACCCCGUGAACUGGGAUACACCCGAGUUUGAUGAUAGCUGCUGGGCGCCAGCCAAGCCUUUGACCGGCCCCAGAGGUCAUCUCUUCUACCAGACUCAGCCGCCUGUCGUGCUACAUGAGACAUUUGAACCUGUGAAGACAUACAGUCCCCGUCCCGGGGUAGUAUGCUUUGAUCUAGGGCAAAAUGCAUCUACCAUGGUUCAAAUUGUGGUCGAAGGCGCAGCGGGAUCCGAAAUCAUUGUGAGAUAUAUGGAGACGGUUAAGGACGACGGCACUGUCUUGAUGCCGGAUCCGCUCUUCAAGGAGUUCGAGACAGGGGUUUUCUCUAGAAUCUUCCUUGCUGGCACCGGUAGCCCGGAGACAUGGGAGCCAGACUUCAGUUUUACAAGUGCCCGGUACAUCCAGGUGGAGGGCGUGUCCCUCAACGGAGGUGAAGGUCUCCCAGUCAUCCAUUCUGCCGUCGGCCAGCACAUUUCCUCGGCUGCCAGGAGGCUUGGAAACAUGAAAACAGAUAAAGAGGAUGUCAAUGCGCUGCUGAAUGCCCUCUACUGGACCUUCAAUAGUAACUUGUUCAGCUAUCAUACUGACUGUCCACAAAUUGAGAAGUUCGGCUGGUUGGAAGUGACUCACCUUCUUGCACCUGCCACACAAUACGUGCGUGACAUGGAGUCAUUAUACACCAAGAUUCUUGAUGACAUCCUUGAUUCUCAAGAGCCGAGUGGACUGGCGCCGACCAUGGCACCGGAGAUCCGGUACAUGUGUGGCCCGCUUCACGAUACGAUAUCCUGGGGAUGCGCCCUCUGUCUUCUCCCUGACAUUCUCCUGCGGUAUUACGGCUCCACGCAUGUCAUUGCCAGAGUGUAUCCCGCUGCAGUGCGGUAUAUGGAAUAUAUGCGCACCAAAGAGCGCAAAGGCGGGUUGAUUGAACAUGGCCUCGGGGAUUGGGGUCGAGAUAUCGCUUUUGGCAACCACCAAGCCAACAUCGAGACAGCCAUCUACUAUCGGUGUCUUCAAUGCGUCGCGAUGAUGGCUCGGGAGCUUGACCGAUCCGACGAAGCGGAGAAAUUCCAGCAAUGGGCUGCGCGUGUCUACGAGGUCUAUAACCGUCAUCUCCUAGUGAAAGACGAUCAGUCGCGUCCAUAUGCCUAUUAUACCUCGCUGGACAACUAUCCGGAGCGUGAUCGCACAGCCGUCGCUCAAGCCAUGGCGCUCCAGCAUGGAUUAGUUCCUCCUGAGUACCGAGAUGAUGUGAUGACCGCAUUUGUGGAUGAUGCAGCCGACGGAAAGAUCAGGGCGGGCGAGAUCGGACUGCGCUUUCUCUUCAAUACACUGGCCGACGCAAGGCGGCCUGAUUUGGUGCUACAGAUGGCCCGACAGGAGGAACAUCCUUCAUACAUGCGAUUUCUGCGACGUGGGGAGACCACGCUGCUAGAAUUCUGGCAGGAUGAAUGUCGAAGUAAAUGCCACGACAUGCUAGGGACCAUCUACGAAUGGUUCUAUGCCGCUGUGUUGGGCUUAAAACCAAUCGAAAAUGCCUACCGAACCUUCGAGAUAAUCCCCCCUUAUGAGGCGGAGUUUGGUCAUGUCGAGGGGAAAGUUGAUUGUCCGUUUGGGCUGAUUGAGAUCAGCUUCCAGCGCGGGGACAAAGGAACAGUGACGUUGGAACUUGUCGUCCCAUUCGGCACGUCCGCGAUCGUGAGACUUCCUGCAAAUGUGAAGCAGACCGAAAUCUCCCGUGAAGGGAAGGUCGAAAAGAUACUGGGAGCCGAGAACGUCAAGAUCACUCACGGGUCUUACAUUCUUGUCCUUCAGUCGUAG